CUUGAACAUGUAGUCCAUUCUGGUGGAAAGACAAAGCUACUACGAAAACUACUGAUGGAUUUCCCUCAAGAGGAAGAGGAUGCUGUUGGUGGAGAUCAGACAGGCAGAGCAGCAUGUGCCGUGUUCAGCCACGUGUCCCUGAAGGAUGAGGAGCCCGUCACUGAUGGGCAUCAGGGGGUCAGCACAGGAAGAGUGCUGUCUUAUCCAAGGAACAUACUGACCCAGGAUCAGUCCAGGUGUGGAGUGUGUGAGCAGCUACUGAGGGACCCAGUCAUCACCAGCUGUGGACACAGGUUCUGCAGGCAGUGCAUCAACAGCUACUGGAGCCAGUCUGGUCCAUCAGGAGACUACAGCUGCCCCCAGUGCAGAAAGAGACCCAGAACACAACCCAUUAUAAACCCUGACAUGACUCAACCACUAUACCCACCUACAGCCAUGGCACAACCUCACCAAUACCCACCUACAGCCAUGGCCCAACCUUUGUCAUGCCAACACAAUGAAAUGGCACUUCAUCUGAACCCUUCUGCACACAUGGCACAAGUUCCUCCAUCCCCACACACAGACACGGGGCUGCGUUUGUACUCAAACUCAGCCAUGGGGCAGCAUCCACACAUCCAGCACCCUCUUUAUCCACACAUCCACACGGCACAGAUCUCUCCACAGCCUCCCUUAGAUGAGCACACAGUCAUGACAGGCAGCACCCAUCUGCUAACUGAGCAUGCUCCAGUCAAAAGGGCCAAACUAACAGAUGAUCAUGUUCUGAACAGAGUACUGAUGACCCAUAAAGCCAGCAUGAAGAGGAGGUUUGAGAGCAUAUGUGAAGGCAUCAUAAGGUCAGGGACUCAAACACUCCUGAACAAGAUCUACACAGAACUCUACAUCACAGAGGGAGAGAGUGAAGGGGUGAAUAAUGAGCAUGAGGUUUGGCAGGUAGAGUCAGCAUCCAGGCCACAAACUACUGGUGACACUGCAAUCAACUGUAAUGAUAUAUUCAAGCCCUUACUUGGACAGGAGAGACAAAUCAGAACAGUCAUGACCAAGGGCAUUGCUGGCAUUGGAAAAACCGUCUCAGUGCAGAAGUUCAUCCUUGACUGGGCAGAGGAGAAAGCUAAUCAGGAUGUAGAUUUCAUGUUUGUGCUUUCAUUCCGUGAGCUGAAUUUGGUCAAACAUGAUCAGUACAGUCUUCACAGGCUCCUGCUUGACUUCCACCCUGAGCUUAGAGAGCUACAGAAUGGUGAAUACAAAGACUGCCACAUUGUGUUCAUCUUUGAUGGUCUGGAUGAGAGUCGACUUCCACUGAAUUUCCAAGGGAACCACACGUUGUGUGAUGUGACACAAACAUCAUCAGUGGAUGUGCUGAUGACGAGCCUCAUUCAGGGACCUCUUCUUCCCUCUGCUCUCAUCUGGAUAACCUCUCGACCAGCAGCAACCAGUCAGAUCCCUUCUCAGUGCAUCAGUCUGGUGACGGAAGUACGAGGGUUCAAUGACCCACAGAAGGAAGAGUAUUUCAGGAAGAGGAUUAGUGACCAAAUUCAAGCCAACAAAAUAAUCUCACACAUUUUGGCAACCAAGAGUCUCCACAUCAUGUGCCAUAUGCCAGUCUUCUGUUGGAUCUCAGCCACUGUCCUUCAGCAGAUACUGGAACAAGAUGAUGGGAAAGAAGCCCCCAAAACACUGACUGAGAUGUUCAUACACUUCCUGCUCAUCCAGACCACCAGCAAGAAGCAGAAGUUUCAAGAAGAAAGUGAGACAGAUGGACAGAGGCUCCUGGAAUCACACAAGGGUGUCAUAUUGAAAUUGGCAGAGCUGGCUUUCAAGCAUCUGGAGAAUGGCAAUCUUAUGUUCUAUGAGGAAGACCUGAGAGAGUGUGGCAUUGAUGUCAGUGAAGCUUCAGUGUACUCUGGCAUGUGCACUGAGAUCUUCAGGGAGGAAUGUGUGUUUCACCACAAGAAGGUCUACUGCUUUGUGCAUCUGAGCAUCCAGGAGUUUCUGGCUGCACUGCAUGUGUUUGCCUCCUAUCUGAAAGAAAACACGUUGGAUGCAGUUCUCAAUAGAAUUUCCUUGAAGAGACUUCCUAGUCGAGACCAUAAGGAUGAGGAGGAGGAGGAGAGUAAAGGGAAGAAAGGACAAGAGGAGAAUGGAGAGGAGGGGAGAGAAGAGAAGGAUGAGGAGGAAGAAGAGGAUGAGGAAGAAGAAGAGUAUGAUGAUGACAGUUAUGAUGAUUAUGACAGUUAUGACUUUGACGAUGAUUGUUAUCAUGAUAAUACUUUGUAUAAUCUGUUGAAAGGGGAAGUGGAUAAGGCUUUAGAUAGCAAGAAUGGACACCUGGACCUUUAUAUCCGCUUCCUUGUAGGCAUAUCAGUAGAGCAGAAUCAGGCCCUUUUACAAGGCUUAUUUCCAAGCAUCCACAACAGUUCAGGCAACAUCAAGAGCACAUGUGAAUAUAUCAAGAAACUCAACAGGAAGGAUUCUUCUCCUGAAAGAUACAUCAAUCUUUUACACUGCUUAUUUGAAAUGAACGAUCACUCUCUACAUCAAGAAAUGCAAGUGUAUUUGACAUCUCCAGAUAACCUAUCAGGUGAAUUGUCACCUGCCCACUGGUCAGCACUGGCCCACAUGCUUCUGAUGUCUGACGAGGUCCUGGACGAGUUUGACUUGAGCAAAUACAGAAUACCAGAGGAGGGACAACACAGACUGAUGCCAGCUGUGAGAUGCUGCAGGAAGGCUCUACUUGCUGGCUGUAAGCUAACAGAGAAGUCCUGGGAUAUCGUGGCCUCCGCUCUGCAGUCUGCAAACUCCCCCUUAAGAGAGCUGGACCUGAGUCAGAAUGACCUGCAGGAGUCAGGAGAAAAGCUGCUCUCUGCUCUACAGAGUCCAAACUGCAAACUGGAGACACUGAGACUUGUUGGCUGUAAGCUAAAAGGACAAUUUCUGGCCAUGACACUUCAGUGGGCAAACUCCCACCUAAGAGAGCUGGACAUCAGUGACAGUAAGCUUCAGGACUGUAGAGGAGAACUGCUCCAUCAACCACUGAAUCAAGACUGUAAAUUGAGACUCAUCAGCUGUAGACUCAAAGACAGCUCGUCUAAUGUUGUGGUCUCAGUUCUGCAGUCAUAUUAUUCUCAACUGAGUGAGUUGGACAUGAGUGGCUGUGAUCUGCACACAUCAGACGAGAAGCAGCUCUCUGGUCUUAGAAACCCAAACUGUCGACUGGAGAAACUGAGACUUGUUGGCUGUAAACUGAGAGGAAGAUUUCUGGCCUUGACUCUUCAGUGGGCAAACUCCCACCUAAGAGAGCUGGACAUCAGUGACAGUGAGCUUCAGGACUGUGGAGGACAACUGCUCCAUCAACCACUGAAUCACGUCUGUAAAGUGAGACUCAUCAGCCGUGGACUCAGCUCCCGUGAGGUUGUGGUCUCAGUUCUUUCCUAUAUUUCUCAACUGAGUGAGUUGGACAUGACUGGUUGUGAUCUGCAAACAUCAACAGAGAAGCUGCUCUCUGGUCUUAGAAACCCAAACUGCCACCUGGAGAAACUGAGACUUGCUGGUUGUGAGUUAACAGAGGUAACCUGUAAGGCUGUAGCCUCUGCUUUGCAGUCCUCCAUCUCCCUAAAGGAACUGGACCUGAGUUACAAUGACCUGAAGGAGUCUGGAGUUCAGCUUCUCUGUACAGGACUCAAUAGCCCUCACUCUAAGCUGACAACAUUAAGGCUCAAUCUGUGCCACCUCUCUAAAGCAAGCUGUGAAAUGAUGGCAUCCGUGCUGCGAAGUGCACCUUCCCAUCUGAGAGAACUGGACAUGAGUGACAAUGACCUGAAGGAUCAAGGAGUGGAGCUGCUCUGUGUGGGACUAAGAAAUCCACAAUGCAAGCUGGAGACACUGAGGUAUGACCAUGGAGGAGAGUGCAGGAUUAAACCAGGACACAGAAAAUAUGCCUGUGAGCUCACACUGGACCCAAACACAGCACACAGAUCUCUCUCUCUCUCUGAGGGGAACAGAAAGGUGACACGUUUGAAGAGGCAGCAGCAGCCGUAUCCUGACCACCCAGAGAGAUUUGACUCCAGGGCUCAGGUGCUGUGUAGAGAGGGUCUGGCUGGACACCAUCCAGAGAGAUGUGACAGUCUGGGUCAGAGUCUAGUCAACACGGGUCAGUCUGGACGCUACUACUGGGAGGCUGAGUGGCGUAAUGGUGAGAUAGCAGUGGCCUAUAAAAGCAUGGAGAGGAAAGGGAGUGGGAACAGCAGCAGGUUUGGAGGUAAUGCCAAGUCCUGGAGUCUGGAGUGCUCUAGUAACAGUUACUCUGCCUGCCACAAUAAUAAGCAGACUGCCAUACCUGCCCCCUCCUCCAGCUCCAGCAGAGUAGGAGUGUACCUGGACUGGCCAGCAGGCACUCUGUCCUUCUACAGCGUCUCCUCUAACACACUCACCCACCUGCACACGUUCCACUCCACAUUCACUGAGCCCCUCUAUCCUGGGUUUUGGACUCUCUCCUCAGUGUCCCUGUGCCAGAUCACAUGACCUCCUAAUCCUGCAGCAGAGGAGAGCCACGCACCUGUUUACACACUCCUGUGUGUGUGUGUGUGUGUGUGUGUGUGUGUGUGUGUGUGUGUGUGCUUUGUGUGUGUAUGUGUGUGUGUGUGUGUGUCUGUGUGUGUGCUUUGUGUUUGUGUGUGUUUCCACAGGAGAGGAGCGCCACACACACUACUAUGUGUGUAUGUGUGUCCCUUCUAUUGCCUCAUCUGUUUCUUUUUGUGUGUGUGUGUUUAGUAUGUCUCUUUCUCUCUCGCUCUCUCUCACUCCUUCUGUGUGUGUGUGUAUGUGUGUUGCUGGCUUCCUCUGUGCUGCAUCAUUCUUCUGUUGCUGCAGAUUAAUAAGAUUAUAAAAUGAACAUACAGUGAGAGUGGACAUGUUUUCUCAGGGCUGGGAGUGUUAAUCCACCGUUAUUUUACAUCUAUAUUCUGAUAUGCUUGAGAGUGAGUCUUCAUAUGCUUGAAGGUGAUUCCUUUUAUUUGAAUAAUAAGUUAAAUAUGUCAUUGGUGAAUUGGUUAAAAUGGCUUAAAGGGAACAGAAUGUAAGUCAUAGGAAAAUGACUUACAAAUAAAUAAAGUCAUGA